CUUCUCCGUCGUAGCGAGCCGAGAUGCCUCCAGCGUUAGGUGGUCCCGUGGGCUACACCCCUCCUGAGGGUGGCUGGGGCUGGGCGGUGGUGGUCGGAGCCUUCAUCUCCAUCGGCUUCUCCUACGCCUUCCCCAAAUCCAUCACCGUGUUCUUCAAGGAGAUCGAGGUCAUCUUCAACGCCACGCCCAGUCAGGUGUCCUGGAUCUCCUCCAUCAUGCUGGCCGUCAUGUACGCCGGAGGUCCGAUCAGCAGCAUCCUGGUGAACAAAUUUGGCAGCCGACCGAUCAUCAUCCUCGGCGGUUGUCUGUCGGGCUCCGGGCUGGUCGCCGCCUCGUUCUGCAACACUGUGGAGCAGCUGUACUUCUUCAUCGGAGUGGUGGGAGGUCUGGGUCUAGCGUUCAACUUGAACCCGGCCCUCACCAUGAUCGGUAAAUACUUCUACCAUCGUCGGCCCAUCGCCAACGGGAUCGCUAUGGCCGGCAGCCCGGUGUUUCUGUCCACGCUGGCUCCUCUCAACUCCUGGCUGUAUGACGAGUUUGGCUGGAGAGGCAGCUUCCUCAUCCUGGGAGGGCUGCUGCUCAACUGCUGCGUGGCCGGUUCCCUGAUGCGACCCAUCGGACCCACACCGCAGCCGCCGAAGCUCGACUCCGAGUCGGGCGAGGCCAAGAAGGGGGACGCGGUUCAGCCGCAGCCCAAGAAGACGGUUCUGCAGACCAUCAACUCCUUCAUCGACCUGACGCUCUUCAAGCACCGCGGCUUCCUGCUCUACCUGCUGGGCAACGUCGUCAUGUUCUUCGGCCUCUUCGCUCCGCUCGUCUUCCUCUCCAACUACGCCAAGAGUAAAGACAUCAGCAAAGACAAGGCGGCCUUCCUGCUGUCGGUGCUGGCCUUCGUCGACAUGUUCGCUCGGCCCUCCAUGGGCCUCCUGGCCAACACCAAGUGGGUCCGGCCCCGAGUCCAGUACUUCUUCGCCGCUGCCGUCCUCUACAACGGAGUGUGUCACGUCCUGGCGCCGCUGUCGGUGGACUACACGGGAUUCAUCGUGUACGCCAUCUUCUUCGGUUUCGCUUUUGGCUGGCUGAGUGCGGUGCUGUUUGAGACGCUGAUGGACCUGGUGGGAGCUCAGAGGUUCUCGUCGGCCGUGGGUCUGGUCACUAUAGUGGAGUGUGGUCCGGUUCUGUUAGGACCACCGGCGACAGGAAGUUUCUACAGCUACUACCAGUCCUACGACUACACCUACAUCACCUGCGGCAUCAUCCUCAUGAUCGCCAGCGUCUUCCUCUUCGUGGGGAUGGGCAUCAACUACCGGCUGCUGGCCAGAGAGAAGAAGGAGGAGGAGAGGCGAGAGCGGGAGGAGCCCAAGGAGGAGCGCACCGCCAUGCUGGCUCCUCCCUCUCCGUCGAAGUCGAUCGAGGACGCCGAGGGGAGCAGCGCGCCGGCCGCCGUCACGCUGGACGACGUCGCCAAGAUGGACGAGGACACGGUGUAAAGAAAAAAAUAGAAACAACGCAGACUUUAAAACACACACACACUUCAUAGAAACACACACGAGAGCUGCAGUUAUGACCACUCACCCAGAGAUUAUAUCCUUUUUACACGACCCUGAAGCCAUAGUUUUAUCAGUAGAACCUGCUGCAGCGGCGUCGGGUUUUCAAGUCGCACCGCCGGCACAGCUCUGGUUUUUGGUAUCUGACGUGCCUUUUUUUUGGUUCCAGGAGCACAGGCACCGCUUAAAAAAAAAAAAAAAAACACCAUUUUAGACGCACAACAAGACGGAGUGACUGUAAGAGAACAAUCCAGUAAUCUACAAUGAGGACUUUCUCUCAGGGUCUUGAGCUGCCGCGAAGGUUCAGAACCUCAGAAUCACUCAGACGGAGGCUCGGGAGUCAAACUGUACAUUUUGUUACGAUGCUUAGAGAUACUGUAGGUUCUCCCUCACGUUCUGCACACUUGUUUCACUCCUCAAGGGCUGGACGUAGAUUUACCGCAGUGACAGUACAUCUUGUUAGUUUUGAGUGUGGAGUCGACAACAUUUACAGUUUUUUUCUUUUUUUUUAAAGCCGGAGAACUCAAAUAAAGUGGAGAAAAAAAAUGAAGUUUAUAACCUCACAGGGAAAAGUAAUAUUCAUGGUGGCAGCAGUGAUGUUUUAAACCUUUAAGUAAGAAUGUAAGAUAACAAACAACAACUGAAAACUUGUGAAACGAAUGAAGGAGUCUGAAACUAGGUCACAGUGCAAGUUAUCUGCAGCAAUGGAGACACUGUUAAUGCGCUUGUACAUAAGUCUGUGUGUGAUGUCGUGUCCUGGAGGCAGAGCAGCUCAUCCUGUUGAUGAAGACGAGACAUUUGACAAAACAACAACGAGUCUUUCCGCCACGCAGAUUCAUUCGUUUAACCUGCAGGAGCCGCGGUAUUACAUGACGCUGCUUUGUGGGGAAGAAAACGAUGGUAGACUCUGGGUUUGCACAACCUCACUGUGGUGGCAAAAUGGGAGGAAAUGAAGAAAAUCUCACUCUGAAUAACACGCGACCCACAUUUUGUCACCGUUUUUUGGGUCAGAACAACUGUAGUGUUGUUUUUUAACACGUUGUAGUUUACAGUUUCUACACCCCCCCCCCAAAAAAGUCUAUUUUAGCUCACUGUUUAAUGACAAUCUGACAAGAAAUAAUCUUUUUAAUGAUUUUUAAAGUAUUUGGAUGACAGGAAGUGUGUGUGAGUGACAGAUGUGUGUGUGUGUGUUUAAAUUGUAGCCAGGUUUCAUCAACACGUCUCUGAACUGACAUAUCAUGUCACAGUCUGACUCGUCGGUCAGUGAGCAGGUUCGCCGUGAAACGUUUCUUUGGGAAGCUUUUAUUUUGACGGGCAGUUCCUGUGUCCAUAUUUAGAGGCUACAGAAUAUGUGUGUGUUUUGAAAGAUGUGCAAAUGGACGGAAACCUGAGAGUCACACACGACGACAAGAAGCCGGAACGUACCGAGAGAUAAACUAACACAGUUUUAGUGUUUUCACGUCGACGAUAACAACAACACACGACCAGCUUUAUCCGUUACACAACCCCGUUCAAAUGAAAGAUGUUUCUGUUCUGGAACGCUCACGUUUCAUCUUGGAUGAAGCAACAGCCAGGGACGCAGAUCUCACAAUGCUCUAUUUACGUGGGGAUGCACUCGUGUUUCAACCAGUGUACGUUUACACUGAAUGCUACCUUUUUGUCUGUUUGAAAGAGUUUUUGGUGAUUAUGACCAAAUGUGUUCAAAACUGUUCAUUACAGCAUCUAAAACUGAUUAUUCUGUGAUUUUUUGACAAACGUCAGCUUUGGUUUGUUUGUUUUUUAAAGGUACUGUUGGUACUAAUGGGAAACUAGUUUCUGUCUCGUUCUGCCUGAAGUAUCCACCUGUUCACAUACUUGAAUUUAAAGCAAAUCUCUUGAGGUUAUUGGACAAGUUAGUACUUCAGAUCAAGUGCAGACAGACCUGCUGUCUCGGCGUGUCCACAUUCCCCUGCUACAAACCCAGAUUCCCUCAGUCACAGCACACUACCAUGACAUUAUGGGCAAACAGUAUGAUAUACUGUUAUUCAACAGCCUGGUUUGAUUCAUUCUGAUUCCAACUUGACUGAAACCUUCACUUAUUUGCCUUUGACACAAACAUUUGAGAAGAAAAAUGACACAAAACGACUGCAACAAAGCCAUUUCAUUAAAAACAAACAAAAAAAAAACAACGGAAGGUUGGUGUUUUCUAGUGCAGGGGUUUUCAAAAGCGGUACUGUACUCAGCCACAGCACCUUUAUUUGUUUUAU